CGGACAGACAUGUGCCAUGCCCAGGGAACUUCCGGGGGCCUACAACCACUGUGUAAUGGCCACGUACAAGCAAAGACUGAGAGGAUGGCUCAGUUAUGCAUUUGCUAGUGAGGCUUUUGUGGUAGUUUCCCUCACGCUCUUCCUACCAAUUUGUCUGGAGCAAUUUGCCCGUGACAAUGGGUUCUUGCAACCAGAGAAGACUGAAUCAUGCUCUUCGCUCUCAGGUGUUGCGCCCGCAAACGCAGAUGCCAGAUGUGCAGUGAAGAUCGGUUGGUUGUGGAUAGAUACCGCCAGUUUUAGUCUCUAUGUCUACUCGUUGUCUGUCGCUCUGCAAGCACUCACGGUGAUCUCAAUGGGGAGCAUAGCCGACCGUCUGUCAUACAGAAAGCCCCUUCUCCUCACUUUUGCUGCAAUAGGUGCAUUCUCCGCGAGCCUUUUCCUCCCUCUAUCGUCGACAUCUCCAUUAUGGAUGGUCUCUGCGUUGUUUGCAAUUUUGGCCAACGUUGGCUUUGGUGCCUCCAUAGUAGCUAUGAACGCGUACCUGCCGUCAUUGGGGAAAGAUUCCCCAGAAGUAGUUCAAGCUUACUCUGAACUGACAAGUUCAUUUGAAAACCAGAAUGAGAAUGCUGCUCUUGCUGCAAGCGUUGAUCUCGAAUUAGAACCCUCUUUUGAAGAAGUGUCAGAUCCUCUUCUUGGUCAUCCAAUCCAUCCGAGCACUUCUCAAUCAAAAUACACUGCUGCAUUAUCGAGAGCCACCUCGCGAAUAUCAUCCUUAGGAAUUGCUUCGGGUUAUGGCGCAGGAAUAAUCCUUCUCUUGGUUGCACUCAUACCUGUCACUCGCAUGCAUGGAUCUACUUUCUCACUACGUCUCGCCAUUGGCCUCAGCGGCAUAUGGUGGGCAUUGUUCUCGAUUCCUGCUGCUAUCUGGCUCCCAAACGCAAGCAACAUCGAUGAACCAGAAUCUGGUUCUAUCAAGCCAGAUGACGAUUGGACCUUCAGUUCGGAGAUUGCGGCUGCAUGGAAACGAUUGGGAGUUAUGCUUCGCUGGCGGGAAAUAAAGCGUCUUCAACAUACCUUCAGAUACCUCGCUGCUUGGUUCCUUCUUUCCGAUGGUUUCACUACUAUAACAUCGACCGCGAUCCUGUUCGGGAAAACGACUCUACACAUGGAAGCUUCGUCUCUCGUCCUCAUCGGCGCUAUCACACCACUCUCAGGAAUCAUUGGCUCUCUAGUAUCCCCCAUCCUUCAACGUAAAUUCAUGUGGUCGAAUCUUCAUGUCUUAGUCCUUCUCGUGAUGAUGGUCUCGCUGAUUCCUGCAUACGGAUGCUUGGGAUUCCUGCCCAUCUUCAAGGGAACUGCGCGAUUUGGCGGACUGACGACGCAAGGAGAAAUGUUUGGUCUUGCAGUGUAUUUUGGUUUCGCGUACGGUGCGUUUCAGAGCUAUGCCAGGGCUUUCUAUGCGGAGUUAUUACCUCCUGGGGAAGAAGCUCGAUGGUACGGUCUUUUCUCGAUAACAGACAAGUCAAGCUCUUUUGUUGGUCCGUUCGUCGUCGGCCUGAUAGCGGAUAGCACGGGGAACAUCCGCUAUGCAUUCUUUUUCCUCGUAUUCAUGGUGUGGGCAGCAGUGCCUGUACUCCUCAGCGUUGAUGUUGAUAAGGGGAGGCAGGAUGCAAAAGAUUAUGUUUCGCGGAGACCCCUAGUUGGGGAAUGAUACUAUCCAUACUCAAUAAUAUUCCCUGAGCAUACUUAGGAUGAAAUAUAUAAUUUUACAAGAAA